AUGGCGAAAAAUUUCAAGUUACGAAUCACCAGGGUGAUCACUACUACCUUGCAAUCUUGCAGUUCAAAAGACCCCUCAACUCUCCCGGAAGAUCAUGUCCCUUCAUUUUCACGACUUUCUCCAGGGAACCUCAAAUAUACAGUCGUCAAUUUUCCGGUAUCCAAAGAUCAAAACCAUCAUCCUUCCUUUAAAGGACACGUGUCUUCUACUUUCACAUCGGCCGGUUGUGGUUGGGCCUCCAUGCCGGAUGCAAAAAUCACUUCCGAUGAAGACUGCACCAGAUCAGAACCCCAAGAAUUCAAGUGGAAAAAGGAUGAGAAAUGGCACGUUGUUGCUAAGAUCUAUGAGGAAAAAACGCAAAGGCGGAAAAUCUACAACUCCUCUGCUUCCGGCUGCUCCAAGGAUGAUGACUUAACUUUUGCAGAGCCUGGUGCACUGCCGCCGCCGCCAUCCGUGGUGGAGAAGAAGAAAAGACGAGGGAAGAAGAAGAACAUCCCUUGCAGGCUUCGAAUUAGUACCUCAUCGGCCAAUAGUGGGAGGAAGGAGUGCUAUAAAUUGAUUUUUGUUUUUUGGACACCAGCUCAAUGGAUCAUGUCGGGCUUGUAA